AACGCUCAUGUAAACUAGAAUUGGAAAAAUGGUGGCCAGCGUCAGAGUGCAGAAGCUCCUCCGACGAUACAAACUAGCGAUUGCCGCCGCGUUAACGAUUCUUCUGAUUCAAGGGCUAGUAGUAUGGAGUCUGAGAAGUCUCGAAGAGGGCGAGGCGGAGAGGAAAACGCGGCGGUCUAAGCUACCUGACCACAACAGCCAGGACCCCAAAAGGGAGGCGGUGGCCUGGGAGAGACAAAACGCCUUGUCUGGGAGGAGCGGGGCCCAAUGGAACAGCAGGCUGGAGAGGACGGGGGCCACGGCCGCCAGCGCCCUCCGGAGGGGCACCAAGCGCCGGGGGAAGCACACCAUCAGGGUGAAGGUGCCCCUGGGCCAGGGGUUAGCAGUUGAUGGCGUUCCCCCCCAUGACCCCUCCAGCAGCCGUAACUUCACUGAUUCCCGGGGCGGAGGGGAGGGGGCGGCCAGACUACCCCCUCCAGCCAUGCCAGGGGAACCGGGCAGCGUGGAGGGGGCGCCCCAAGCCCCCAGCAGCGACUUUCUGCCCAAGUGUGACAUCAUGGGCAAGGACGCCCUGUCGGCCCUGCACCGCACCGGCUCGCGGCAGUGCCGGCAGGAGAUCGCCAACAUUGUGUGCCAGCAUCAGGCCGGCCAGCUCAUGCCAAGGGCACUGCCUCAGUUCUGCCCGCUGCACGGUUUUUCCAGCCCGGUCCAGACAGCUGAUGAGCUGGACAAUAACCUGUCCAAGGUGGAGAACCCGGUUAGGGUGGCCUUCGUCCUGGUGGUCCACGGCCGGGCCAUCAGGCAGCUGAAACGCCUCAUCAAAGCCAUAUACCACCGAGACCACUUCUACUACAUCCACGUGGACAAGCGUUCCAACUACCUGCAUCGGGAGGUGCAGCAGAUCGCCCAGCAGUACCCCAAUGUGCGUGCCACGCCCUGGCGCAUGGUGACCAUCUGGGGCGGUGCCAGCCUGCUGAAGGCCUACCUGCGCAGCAUGCAGGACCUGCUCUCCAUGCUGGACUGGAAUUGGGACUUCUUCAUCAACCUCAGUGCCACUGACUUCCCCACCAGGACCAACGAUGAACUGGUGGCUUUUCUGUCACAGCACAGAGACCAGAACUUCCUCAAGUCACAUGGGCGGGAGAACGCGAGGUUCAUAAAGAAACAGGGUCUGGACCGGCUGUUCCAUGAGUGUGACAACCACAUGUGGCGGCUGGGUGAGCGGACCAUCCCAGAGGGCCUGGAGGUGUCUGGGGGCUCUGACUGGUUCUCCCUCACCAGGCGCUUCGUAGAGUAUGUCAUCAACUCUCAGGAUGAGCUGGUGGCGGGCCUGAAACAGUUCUACACCUACGCCCUGCUCCCCGCUGAGUCCUUCUUCCACACAGUGCUGGGGAACAGUCACAUGUGUGACUCUCUGGUGGACAACAACCUGCGUGUUACCAACUGGAACAGGAAGCUGGGUUGUAAGUGCCAGUACAAACACAUAGUGGACUGGUGCGGCUGCUCUCCCAAUGACUUCAAACCACAGGACCUCGUCAGGAUACAGCAACUGACCCGGCCCACGUUCUUUGCCCGAAAGUUUGAGUCCACGGUGAACCAAGAGGCUAUGGACAUCCUGGACACCCACCUGUAUGGACACUACGCCCCAGGGACAGUGGCCAUCAAGGCCUACUGGGAGAGCCUGUUUGAGCGGGCGGACGGUGUGGGCUCCCUCAGUGACGUGGCCCUCACGGCCUACUCUUCCUUCUUCCGCCUGGGCCUCAGGAGCCUGGAUAGCAGCCAGACCAGCCUGGAGACCUGCAGAUAUGAGCCAAUAGGCUACCCGGUGUCGGUGCAUCUGUAUUUCUACGACGAGCGUUUCCAGGGCUACUUGGUCCGUCAGGAGGUGCAGAAGGUGGGGUCAAGGGUCAGGGAAACGGUGGAGGUGUGGGCCGUGCCUCAGGCCACCAUGCAGCUGGAGAACAACCUCAGGGAGUUUGAGAGGCUCAAGAACCUGGAGGUGGGCACAGAGUGGGACCCCAAGGAGAGAAUCUUCCGGAACUUCGGCGGUGUGAUCGGGCCGCUGGACGAGCCGGUGGCGGUACAGAAGUGGGUUCGGGGGCCCAACCUCACUGCCACCAUUGUGUGGAUCGACCCCGCCCAGACGGUGGCGGCGUCUUAUGACAUCAGUGUGGAUGUGGACGCAGAGUACACGCAGUACAAGCCCCCGCUGCAGCGGCCGCUCCGCCCCGGGGCCUGGACAGUCAAGGUGCUGAGGCUGUGGGAGUGCGUGGCCGAGGCUCGCUUCCUCGUCAUGCCCCUGGCCUUCAAAGGACGAGAGCCACUACGCCAAGAGGAGGACAGCUGGCUGCACGCGGGGCCACCAGGCAACCUGUACCUGGAGCAGGGCUUCCAGCAGCUGAGAUCUGUUCUGAAGCUGCCCCCACAGGAGCCCGCCCUGCAGGAGGCCCAGCAGAGGGCCCAGCUAGUGGGCAAGCCCCUGGAAGCCUGGGUGGACCGCACCGUGGGGGCCUUCUGGGUGACCGGGGACCUGUGCUCCACCCUGCCCUCCCCGGGCCCCUGCCCUUCCCUGGGCCCCUGCACCAAGUCCACCUGGAGCUCCCUCGCUCCAGACCCUAAGUCAGAACUUGGCCCUGUCAAAGGUGACGGCCGGAUCAGGUAGCCCCCCGGACAGGAGGCAUGCUGGACUACAGUAGAGGGAGAGGGGAUUAUAUGUGAGCCCUGAGAAAAGAGAGAGAAGGAUGUGUGAGCCCUGAGAAGAGAGAGAAGGAUGUGUGAGCCCUGAGAAGAGAGAGAAGGAUGUGUGAGCUCUGAGGGGAGAGUGGGGUCUGGUCUCUAAGGCUAAAUCAUAAGGCACAUAAAUAGACACGGCUUCUCCCUACAUACGCUGAGGAGUGGCUAUGCUCCCAGUUUAGAGGCUACAUGCUCUUUUCAGACGAGAUACGUGCUGGACAUUUGCACACGAAGACUGCAAGACAAAGUUUUUUUUGUGUUCAAACGUCAUUGCUCGUUACAUGGACAAUUUCUGUUAUGUUAUCUGUCUGCAUAUAAGUCUUCAUUCAGGGUCUGUCUGGGUAGAACUUUGGAAAGAGGAGAACCCCACCCGCAUAUGUUUGAACUCUGUUCAAUGCACAGUUUUCUUCUGCUUUAAGGAAUUUAAAGCAGUGGCCAACAUUUUGACAGUGGCUAAAUGCUGUGUUAUAUUGUUGUCAGAGGGCAGUGGGUCCUCUGGACUAGUAUCUUCAUGCUUAUUUUCAAGCAUUAUUAUCAGAACAGCAGCAGCAGCAGAUGGAGGAAGUGCACUUUACUGUAAGACUAAGGUUACACAGGACAGCGUCGAUCAGUAGUUGGAGAAUGACGAGGAGGAGGAUUAGGAGCUUAAAAGGUCAAGGUGGAGGUCGUCACAAUGGUGACAUGGCAUCGUCUUCACUUACAUGUAUUUUGUAUAAAAGUGCUGCUAGAACGUUGCGGCGUCACUAUCAUAUCACAUAUCUGACCCAGCUGGCUCACCUGGAGGAGGAAGAAUAAUCAUGUUCUGAGUUACCAGCUGGGAGAGAGUCCUCUUCUCUCAUGAGUUCUGUUUACUGUGACAUAUCAUGUUUUUAAAUGUUUGUUUUGUUUGUUUCGUGAACAUUGAGAUGUGAAAUGUCUUUGUUGUCCACGAUCACUGCAAAGCAAUGCCACCAGGGGUUUUGUGUGUCAGAGGAAGUGCCUAACUGAUGUGGGUAAUAUUCUAGGCUACAGUGGCCUGGCUCUCCAGUGUGGCAUCAUAUUCACAGUGGACUACAUCGCUUCAAUGGGUCUAUUCACAGUUAUGCUAUAUAGGCCUAGCCAUAUAUUUAGAGUUAGGCAAACUUUUAGAAUAUUGAAUAUUGUUCUAAUACUAGACAGUCAUGCAAAUACAUCAUAAUGCAGAAACCUCGUUGGCCCAACUCUCUAAAUACACGGCUCUGGGCUAGCUUCCUCUUCUGUAUCAGUGUAUAUGCAGUGCAGUACUGUCCAUGUGGUCUAUGCUCUGUAUGCCAACAAAACUCUUCUGUCAUCUAUCUACCACUUUAAUGUUACUAGUUGUCCAUAAGCAUUUCUACAACAAUGAAACUCCCGUCCAAGAGGGGUCAACAUGACUAUUUCACGGUCUGGUUACGAAAUCGAAGCUGCCUUUACUUUGUUAAUAUGAACUGUUUAUAAUAGGAGAAUAGCUUCAAGACUUGCACUUAUUUCCUUUUUAGACAAUUCUGAAACCCUUCCCUAUACCUUUGUUUUUAAUUGUAAUGUUUUAAUACUAAACUGGCUGAAACUCCUACUUUUCUUGUUUUUUUUUCAGUCUCUGCCACUGAGUUUACAAGUGACCUUGUUUCCCUUGCACACUUGCUUCAGUGAAGCUUCCAUUUAACAGAAAGAAUAGCAGAGCACCGUUUAGUGUAAAUGGAAUAGGUUAUUCAUAUUUUAGUCUUUGAGAAAUAUAUAUUUGUCCAUCCAUUCAAUAUCAACCCCUCUGUCAAACUAUUGAAAACCACUUCUUGUAUUAUUUUAUUUGGACACACACUUCAUUCAAUGUCACUUCUGUCCAUGCUGUAUCACCCACAGCCCACUCAUCACUCACUCUGAUAAUGAUGACAUAAUGGCACUGGCUCCCUGACUGAGGCAUGACAGUGCUGGACUGGAGAGGGGAGUGCUGGCCAAUCACAGAACGCCUCUGGUAAAACAUGGCAACAGGUUGACUGGUGGCACAAUAAAAAAUUUAAAAAUGAAUAAAAAAUAUAUAAUCUUG